UGGCAUCAACCGCUUAUGAAAGAAAGGGAAUACAUUUUGACAAUUUAUUCGUUCGACUUCACUGCUAAGAUGAAGACAUCAUAUUUUUUCGGUUUCCUAAUAUCGGCAUUAGUGAUCCAGAUUUCAUCUGCGGAGCCUAGUGAGCCUACUGAGCUUGAUAAAAUGGCAGCGAACCUAAUGCAUUCUUUGAUUGACGUUGUAGAAAUACCGUAUAGAAAAUUGGAAAAAAUCUUAAACCCAUCGGCAGCUAGUGGAAACAAAGAACCAUUUUUAAAAGAUAUCGUAAUCAAACUUAACCGGAAGAAAGAAGAAAUUGAAAAGGCCUACUUGGAAUCACUAUCACCAGAAGAAAGAGAAUUGGCAAAGAAGAAAUUCAUCGAACAUGCCAAUAGUUCGCAAAGAAUAGCUAAUUCAAUUCGGGAUACUAGUAAAGCGGCCAAGUUGAUGAUAAAUACAUAUUUCAACAACCUACCAAAACAUUUCCAGAACAAAUUAUUUGAUUUAGGAAAAGACUUCAUUAAUAUUUUAAAUAAAAUGAAGGCAUAAUCCAAAAAUAGACCUCAAACUGAAGUAAAUAGACAACUCUACGGGAUCAAAAGUAUCUAUAAACAUUAACGAACUAUGUCGUCAAUAUUAUAGAAAAAAUUCAAAUUACCUAAAUGACUAAUGAUUAUUUAUGCAUAUUUUAACAUCGUUUUAUUUAUUUACCUACAUGUAUUCUCAUCUAAUCUUCUUCGUAAUUUAUAACGAAUUAAAAACAUUAAAAUAUAA